CGGGCGCUUCGGGCAGCGCGGCGAGGGCGGCGGCCGGAUCCAGGGCGGGGGUCGGCGGCCCGGCCAGCCCGGCCCGGCCCGGGCCGCGUCCUAAGAGUCCACCCUCGCCGCUGCAGCCUUGGCGGCCGGCCGGCCGGUAAUGGAGGCUGAGCGCCCCCCGGCGCCGGGCCCGGGCUGCGAACGUCCCCCGCCCCGCGCAGCCGGCCGGGGCCCCGAGGCCGUGACCGUUCCGGACCCCAGUGGGCUGCGGACCAUGGCGCUGUGGCUGAGUGCGGAGAGCCCGGACCAGCGCGCCGCGCCGGUGACAGUGCCCGCGCCGCCGCAGGGCCCUUCUGUGGGCGGCGGCUUUGCGGGCUCGGAGUUCGCGCUGCCGCAGGAGCCGCAGGCCGCGGACCUAGGGGCCCCGGGGACUUGGGCGGGGGCGGCGGCGGGGCUCCCGACGCCGUCGGCGCACAUCCCGGUGCCAGCGCAGAGAAGGCCCCCAGGAAAAGCCCGUCUGGAUGAGGUCAUGGCUGCCACAGCCCUUACAAGCCUGUCCACUAGUCCUCUUUGUCUGGGAACCCCAUCUUCAGCCUUCAGCUCAGAGCCUGGCUUGGAGCCCUGGAAGGAGGCCCUGGUGAGGCCCCCAGGCAGCUACAGCAGCAGCAGCAACAGUGGAGACUGGGGCUGGGACCUGGCCAGUGACCAGUCUUCUCCGUCCACCCCUUCUCCUCCACUGCCCCCUGAGGCCACCCACUUUCUGUUUGGGGAACCCACCCUGAGGAAGAGGAAGAGCUCUGUCCAGGUCAUGUUCCAGUGCCUGUGGAAGAGCUGCGGAAAGCUGCUGAGCACAGCUUCUGGGAUGCAGAGACACAUCCGCCUGGUGCACCUGGGGAGACGGGCGGAGCCAGAGCACAGCGAUGGUGAGGAGGACUUCUACUACACGGAGCUGGAUGUUGGUGUGGACACGCUGACUGACGGGCUAUCCUGCCUGACCCCAGUGUCCCCCAUAGCCUCCGUGCCACCCACCUUCCCCCACCUGGAGCCCCCAGAGCUGCUGGAACCCCCAACCCUCCCCAGCCUGCUUCUGCCCCCGACCCCCAUAUCGAGUUCUGCAGCUGCCCAUCAGGUACACCAUAGUGACCAUGCCUACCAGGCAGGUGAGGCCACAGGUGGUGGCUGGGGGCAGAUCUCAGGGCACUCUGCAGAGGAGCAAAGUGCAGACUUCAGUUCCUCUCAGAGCUGCCUGGCCCCUGUCCGCCUGGAGCCCCAACCCACUGAGGCCCAGGCCUGCAUAUCAGCUCUGCCUGCCAAGCUUGGUGCCAAUUUAAGGAAACCCCGUGGUGAUGCCAAGAAGUGCCGGAAGGUGUAUGGCAUGGACCACCGGGACCUGUGGUGCACAGCCUGCCGCUGGAAGAAAGCCUGCCAGCGCUUCCUGGACUGAGUCCACCUACUGGUGCUGCUGCCCGGCCUCCCACCCACCCCAAGCCCAAGGCUGGAGCAAGCCUGAGGGGGAGGGUUACCCUGGACCCCCAGAGGUGGGGAGAGGGGUCCUGCCACUCAAGUGCCUCUGAAGAAACCAGCCUUUUGCACUAAAGCCAAACGAUAUCACUGUCUCCUUGGCCCCAGGGGCAGCUGGCCUCCCUGCCUGUUGCCCGAGGACUUGCAAGGAUGUUGAUGGGACCAGCUGCAGGGGCCAGUCUGAGAUGCACUUUGAGGGGUGUAGAGGAGGGGACUCUCCCGCCUGCACUUAACAUAUGGUCCCAGGCCCUGGGGCUGACAUUUACCAUGUUUGCAAAGCUCAGGUGUCUUCAUGUCUGGGCUGUACCAGGCAAAAAGAAAAAUUAAAAAUUUGGGGGUUUUCCAGAAGUUGAGUCUGCCUUCUGGGAGACAGAAUGGGACCAGGGUGGUGGGAAGCCAGUGAUGAGCUGAAGGGGGCCACCCCCUGGCCACCUGUACACAGAGGCCAGAGGAGAGGCACUGUCUGAAACACACAGGAGGCAUCUGCUUGGAGCAGCAGUUUCCCAAUUUAUUGAAAGUGAUCGUUUUGCAAGAAUGUCUAUGCUAAUCCCAUCACAGAAAGGAAACCCACAGGCAGCCUGGAGCACACUAGGCAGCCAAGAAACCGCACAGCGAGACC